AUGAAACUCAUUAUCGCUAAAGAGACCCCACCUACCGGGCCGUACAUGACACUGAGCCACAGAUGGGGGAAACAUGUGUACGAGCAGCUCACUUCUCAAUCGGAAAGCGACUUCAAGACAUCUAUCAACAUUUCAACACUGCCACGAGUUUUCCAAGAUGCAGUCGACAUAACCCGCAAACUCAAUGUUCGAUACCUGUGGAUCGAUUCGCUGUGCAUCAAGCAAGACAAAGAGUGUGGAGACUGGCAGGUUGAGGCCUUGCAGAUGGGAAAUGUGUAUGCCCACUCAUAUCUGAACUUGUCAGCCUCCUAUGCUACGGAAGGUAGCGAUCCGCCACUCUUUUCUCCCAAAUCGUUGGACAACACAUAUCCAUUUAAGCUUCAAGUGGAAUGUGAUGGGCCGCUGGAGAAAGAAUAUGUGGUAGAUGGAGAUGUUUGGGUGGAUGAGGCCCUUGAGGCACCGUUGAUGGGUAGAGGUUGGGUCUUCCAAGAACUAUUCCUUGCCCCGAGAGUUUUACACUUUGGUAAACGGCAGCUGGGUUGGGAGUGCAAUGAACUGGAUGCGCUAGAGAUGUUUCCUCAUGGCUUGCCCAGCAACUUGGGAGCGCUUUCGAAGAAGGAAGUGCACCUCGCCGUUACUCUCCCAAAAGAGAGCACUAAACGGGCCGAUUUCUGUCGAGUUUGGCACGUCCUGGUCUCAAAAUACUCGGCUUGUUCUCUCACGUUUCCCUCGGACAAGUUGGUGGCUUUUGCGGGUGUUGCCAAGAUGAUAGAAGCUUGCCGAAAAGACCAGUACAUUGCCGGUGCAUGGCAGAGUACCUUCUUGGUCGACCUGGUUUGGUUUCUUGUUGAUGAUAGAGAAGGUCUGACCGCAGUUAGCGAGACAACAACCCGCGCCCCCAGCUGGUCAUGGCUCUCCCUGGAUGGGGAGAUAUCCUUCUAUCUAGAGAUUCAUUGGGCAGACAAACUUACUAUGUUUGCCAGUGUUCUGGACAUACCAGCUUCUGAUAGCAUAGGAAGCUCAGCAUUGGUCGCCCGUGGAGCCAUUCGAUUGAAAGGGUUACGGCUACAAGUGAAAGGCGUCAUCUAUGAGGAGUCGGAAAAUGUGCCCAGCAAGUUUACAGUGUACAGGCACGAGUUUGAACAAGCACUAACUCCAGAAUCCACGCGCUUAGACCCGGACAGACCCAAGUCUGACAUCGAGCGUCUUAUCAGGGAUGGAAACUUGUGGUUUGUGCCCGUGUACGCGAGCCAAGCGGCCAUAGCCGCCAUCUUGGUUUCUGCGACAGGUGAAACGGGCGAUUAUUGCCGGGUCGGCGCAGCUCAGAUCCAGUGUCGCAAGAUCCCGCCCGAGAGUUUGGGAUCUCGUCUGGAUGGUUGGACGCCACUCAGUGGGAGCUCCGCUGUUGCUCACAAUGUUGCUCAGAGACUAUAUCGGGACAUACUGGAGGGAUUGAAAGACGGCGAAGAUGAUGUAUUUAAUCUGAUCUGA